AUGUUGCUGAGGAGCUGCUACAGCUUCUGGAUCCUGCUGUCCGGCCUCGCUGCUGCUGCAGUGUUCGUGGAGAAGCACGAGGCCAGCAGAGUGCUGACGAGAGGGCGGCGAGCGAACAGCGGCUUCCUGGAGGAGCUGAAACAAGGCAACCUGGAGAGGGAGUGCGUCGAGGAGAUCUGCGACUACGAGGAGGCGCGAGAAGUCUUCGAAGACGAGGACAAGACGACGCAGUUCUGGCUGACGUAUGAAGGUCGUGACCCCUGCCUGGUGAACCCGUGUCGUAACAACGGCUCGUGUGUCUACAUGGACACGUCCUACAGGUGUUACUGCAGCGAGGGCUUCGAAGGACAAUACUGUCAGACAGUGAUCGAAGACUUACUCAAGUGUCUUUACCAGAACGGACACUGUCAGCAUUUCUGCGACGGUUCGGGAGAAAGACGUAAAUGUUUGUGCGCCGACGGAUACAAACUGGGAGAAGACGGACGGCAGUGCGUCGCUCAGGUGGAGUUUCCGUGUGGUCAGCUGCCUCCACAGGAAACGAGCCUGAACCAGAGCGUGGUGGGUCAGACCCGCCUGGUGGGUGGGAACUCCUGCCCCCAAGGACAGUGUCCCUGGCAGGUUCUGGUUCAGCUGAAUGGAAAGAGUCACUGCGGAGGAGUUCUGGUUAACGCUAACUGGGUCGUCACCGCGGCCCACUGUAUCCACGGCAACAACGCCCAAAACCUCACCGUGGUGGCAGGGGAACACAACUUGGACGUGGAGGAGCGCACCGAACAGAAGACACCUGUUUCCAUGGCGAUCGCUCAUCCAGGCUACGUCCCGGCGACAGGUGAUGCCGACAUCGCCUUGCUGCAGCUGCGUCGUCCCGUCACUUUGAACCGCCACACCGUGCCCGUCUGCCUGCCGACCAGAGACUUCGCCGAGCGGGAGCUUCUGCCGGUCCGCUACCACAUGGUGUCGGGCUGGGGCAAGAGGACCACCGGGGGCAACGCCGCCGGCCCCGCCGACUCUCCCCUCGCCCCCGUCUCCCCCGUCCUCCGCAGGAUGAACGUCCCCAUCGUGCCGAACACCCAGUGCUCCCAGAGAGCUGAGUUCAACUUCACCGCCAACAUGCUGUGUGCCGGGUACCUGGAGGGCCAGCAGGAAGGCUGCCGGGGGGACGACGGGAGCCCGCUGGUCACGCUCUACGACUCCACCCACUUCCUCACGGGCGUGGUCGGCUGGGGGCGGGGCUGCUCACAUCCCGGGUAUUAUGGGGUGUACGCCAAGAUGGCCAACUUUGUGGACUGGGUGGAGGGCACCAUGAGAACCCCCCCCAGCAUGACGACGGCCCCCUGA